UCAGUUUAGUUUUCGACUCUAUAUCGUAAACACGAUAUCAACGGUUUCUCACCGUAAAAGUAAGCGUGACUUUGAACUUGAAAAUUAAAACCUGAGAAAAAAUAAUACAAAAAAUCUAUUAAACAAGUUGCAAAUAUAUCGCUUUUCAAUUGACACCUUACCGAGUAGUUUUAUCGCCUAGUAAAAAAGUUGCAAGCACAAAAUUAUAAUAAACUCAAGAAAAGAAAAACCCUUGAAUCUUUCGCCCAUAAGUGAAGUAUCUACUUACAAAAAAAAUCCAAAGGGAAGCAGCUUAGAAAAAAUUUGAUAUAACCAUGAUGAACAAUGGUGGUGCCUAUGGCGGUGGUAAGGCUGGAGGGACAUUUGAUCCAAUAACCUUUGCUCAGCGGCCACAGGUUAUUUUGCGAGCCUUGUGUUGGCUCUUUUCAAUAAUUGUUUUCGGUUGUGUGUCCUCGGGAGCUUGGCGUGAAGAAAAUGGCAAAGAAGUAUGCCUCUUUGACAACGAUGCAGCAGCAUGUAAAUACGGUUCGAUUGUUGGAAUCUUUGGGUUUUUAGCCUCAAUGGGUUUCAUUGCUGGAGAAUAUUUUUUCGAACAAAUGUCAUCCGUUAAGAGUAGAAAACACUACGUCCUAGGUGAUCUAGGAUUUUCGGGCUUUUGGGCGUUCCUUUACUUUAUUGCGUUUGUCUAUUUGUGGUCUCAAUGGAGUUCCGCUACACCACCACCAAAUGGAGAAGGUGUGGGCUCGGUUCAAGCUAUCAUAACAUUUUCUUUCUUUUCGAUGUUUACAUGGGCUGGAUGUGCGUACUUAGCCUAUAAACGAUUCUUAAUUGGUGCAGAAGCUGCUUUCGCCUCAACAUUUGAAUCAGAUCCAGCAGCUCAGGAGUAUUCAAAUUAUCCAAUGGAAAAUGAAGCAGAUCAAUAUAGUCAGUCACCGUUUACUGGACAGCAGCAACAACAACAGCAACAAGUUCAAGGUGAAUACCAACAGCCAACCUAUUAAGCUUCAAACUACACUCACUAUAUAACAUCUGCAAAUGUACGAUACCAAAGAGCAAAAUCUUGUGUUUUAAUUAAUUAAUUGGAAUUUAGCAAACUACUGAAAAAAAAAGAAAAUUCAAAUUUGAAACAACUCAAACACCAACCAAUAAAAAUAAAUAUUAUUAUGAACAAAAAAUAUAAUGAUUGAUUUUAUGGUAAAUAGCUACAAAAAUGAAAUAAUAUAAAUAAUAAAACAUAAGAAUUGUGAAACUUUAACAACAAUCAAUAAAUAAAAAUGUUAUAUUGUAUAUAAGAGUCAUGUAAUGUUAAACUUUACUUAGAAAAAAAGCAAAGAAUAUAUAAAUACUAUUUAUUAAACUGCGCAUCGAGUUUGUAAAUUUAUUGCAUGAAAUAGGUAUAAAUAUUAAAUAAUAAAACAAAAUACAUGUUUUUUGUAUUAUCGUAUUUUUUUAAACAAUUGUCAGGUCAGUGUCGUUUUAGGCAAUUGGUCAGUAGUCAGUACCAAGACCAUAAUGAUGUAUUAUUUGUUGUCUCCUGGAAAAUGAAAAUUACGGUUUGAAAGUUUUGUGUUUUGUAGAGAAACAGUGUAGUUUUUAAAGUCAUUUCAAUGCUAAGUAAAUGGUCAUUUUGAAGAAGAAGAAAAAGUAUUAAAACUAAGCGUAAUUUUGUUAUGCUUUUCAACAUAAUGCUGGAAUUUGUUAGCGCUUAUGGACUUCUUCAAAACUGCCGAUUUAAUUUUAAGAUAAAGAUACAUACAUAUUAUGAAUAGACAUAUGCCAAGUUAUAAUUUCUCAUAGCUAUAGAGAUUAUUUGAUUCCAAAUUAUAUUAUUGGGAAAGUAAAUGUUGUCAAGCAUCGUAAAAACAUAUAAAAUUAGAAAAAAGAAUAUGUUAAAUUAGAAAAGUCAAUGUUUUAUGAAAUAAAAUAUAUAAAUACCUCCAGAAAUAGCAAAUACAAAAAUAACAUCAGCAGAAUUCAGAUACUCGAAAAUUAAAUUUAAAUAAAUUAACGAGUAUUUAUAUAAAUUCAUAAAGUACAAAAUAACCACCUUGUUCUUGUGAAUAGGUACAUCAAACAUUUUCACAUGGUAGUGUAUAUUAUUUGAAACCAACAAUUGAUUUCAUUACCACACAAUAUAAAAUACUUAUAAUGUCACACCAUACCUAAAAUGAUAAUGUCAUCCUCCCAUUAAGAAAAACUAUAUAAAUGAAAAAUAGAACAAGUUAUUCAACCGAAAAAAACUAAAUUAUCAUUUAUUUAACAGAGAUACUAUAAAGAUAAAUAUAAAAUAAAAUUAUAAAGUAUAAAGCAGAAAAACAAAAUUCUAAACUAAAAUUCAAACUGAAAGGAAUAUAAUAUCAUGUUUACAUUGAACAAAAAAAGAAAACAUAAAUAAAUACCAAAUAAGUUAAGAUAAGCGUAAUAAUUUAAAGUUUAAGAAAUAAUUAUAAUUGAAACCGUUUUAUUGUUAGUAUAUUUUUGUGUAUACUUGAAAUAGUUAAUAUUUUGUUAUUAAAUUCAUUGAAUAAUUGUAUUAGUUAAUGGCGUUAUUAUGAUUAAAAGUUUUAAUUUAUUUAUUAAUUAUUGUUUGUGUCGAAGUUAAGUUUAAAUAAAGAAUUACUUAUAUAUGGAGA